AGUUACUUGACCCAGCAGUCAAUAGAACGCUCAAUGUUCUUCGUUCUUGCAAGAAGGCCUCUAUCAAGAGAGUGAUCGUAACCUCAUCCAUGGCUGCUGUUGCCUACAAUGGGAAGCCAAGGACUCCUGAUGUAGUGGUUGACGAGACAUGGUUUUCAAGUCCAGAGGUCUGCGAAAAGAAUAAGCAAUGGUAUGUGCUAUCCAAGACCCUUGCCGAGGAGGCUGCAUGGAAGUACGCAAAUGAUAAUGGAUUGGAAAUAAUUACAAUAAACCCAACAAUGGUCAUCUGUCCCCUGUUGCAGCCUACACUGAAUACUAUCGCAGAAGCAAUAUUGAAGUUUAUAAAUGGAUCAUCUUCUACAUACGCCAAUUUCUGCUUUGGAUGGAUAAACGUUAAAGAUGUUGCCCUGGCACAUAUCCUUGCAUAUGAAGUUCCUUCAGCAAACGGAAGAUAUUGUAUGGUUGAAAGAGUCAUUCACCACUCGGACCUUGUCAAGAUCAUACACGAGAUGUAUCCUGAAUUUCCAGUGCCAGACAAGUGUGCAGAUGAUGCACCGUUUGCCACAAUCUACCAGGUAUCAAAGGACAAGAUAAGAAGUCUAGGCAUGGAGCUGACCCCCCUGGAGACAAGCCUCAAGGGACUAUCGAGAGCUUGAGAGAGAAAGGAUUUGUCACUUCUGAGUCGAGCCAUCUGUGAAACUUUCUUUGCUUUGGCAUCACUAGUGGCAAACGCUGGAUGCACACAUGUUUAUGUGCACCUGAAAUAAAUCGAGGCAUAGUGUACUCUUGAGACAUGUAUUUGCGGAUCUGCUGUGUUUCAAUGGAUUCAAGUUCCGAGACAUGUAUCCUGCCAGUAC